AUGUUUUACGAUAAGAAUCUGAUGAACAGUCGUCAUCUCGGUAAAGUUUGGAGGGUGGCCAACAAUAUUGAAGUGAGUUGUAACGAAGAUGUCAAUAUGCCGAUAAUUUGCAAUAAUCUAGACUCUUGGAUUGCUAGUCGCGACGAAGAACCUUACAAAAGGUUAUCCCUUAGGACCUCUGCAGUUCUGGUAGACGGAGCGGCGAAAUUAUACAAGAGAAAGAUAAAUCAGUUAUAUGAAGAUAUGUCAAUGUCACCUACGUUUACUGAAAACGAAGAAGAUAACGAUUCUGAAGACCAAAGUGACAUAGAAAGUGACUGCAACAAUGAGAACAAAGCAAGCAAAAGUAGUGUUAAUCCAAGUGAAACAGAAAUUGACUGUAUUACGAAUAGUACAAUUAACAAUAAUGAUAAUAAAGCAAGCAGCUGUAGUUUUAGUCCAAGUGAAGCAGAAACUGACUAUAAUACGAAUAAUACAAUUAACAAUAAUAAGGACAAAGCAAACAGCAAUAGUUCGAGUCCAAGAGAAGCACAGGCACCACGCAAAUCAAUGGCCGACAAAUCUAUCCAAAAAUCACCGAACCAGAAACAACACUCCUUCAACGAAGAUCUCCCAUUCGGCCACAUAAUUAUUUACGACAAUUAUAAAGAUAGAAUCCCUAGUCGUAUUAUGUUCUCGUCCAUAAACCAUAAUAUUCAUAAAUUCGCCUAA